UUACCCCUCCCUCUCGGAUCAUUUUCUGUCCUCUCGUCAGAUACAACAGACGAGCUGACCGACGCCUAUGCUAGGCGGAGAACCAUUCCUUUUCAUCACUGGCGAAGAGAAAGAAAAAAGUUGACUGAUCUUAAAAGCUUUGAUUGCCAUCCUUACCAGGGAGAGGUCUAACAGACAUACGAAAACAAAGCUAUAAGCUACGACUAAUAGCUUCUUCUCUUAGACGCAUUUUAUUUAUUUAUUUAUUUUUUUCGUUUUCCUCUCCGGAAACGGUUUUGGGGAAAACAUGCGGAUAAGUUGCGGAGACGGAGAGGCCGGACCGUAAACUCAGAACGGUCACAGUGACCGGCCAACAGACCAACGGACCGGGGCACGGCGACCCCAGGGAGGCUUGAACUAGGACUAGUCGACUACAGGACAUUAUCAGUGUUUCAUAAAUAGCUCGUGUUAUCAGUAUACUGUUAUAUUGGUUGUACUAAAUUUUUCCUAAUUGUGUUUACCGCUUUACGCCUCAGACCUGGGUGGAACCUCUGAUUUAAUAUGUUGGCAUGGCUGAGUGACUGGUUCUGGCAGGAGCGACUGUGGUUUCCUGAAGGGCUGGGCUGGGCCGACCUACAGGACCGGGAUGGUCGGGUCUAUGCCAAGGCCAGGGACCUCUGGGUCACCCUGCCCAUUGCAAUCGCCUUUCUUGUUGUGAGGCAGAUCUUUGAGAGGACGGUGGCCACGAAGCUGGCCUCUCUGCUUGGAGUGCGAGAAAAAGUGCGACUCAGAGCAGCACACAACCCUACACUGGAAUUGUACUACUGUAACACAACUAAACAACCUACACAGACUUCCAUAGAGAAGCUGAGUAAACAGACGGGGUGCUCUGUGCGCCAAGUCCAACGAUGGUUCCGGCGCCGAAGGAAUCAGGACCGCCCCAGUCUUCUCAAGAAGUUUCGGGAGGCGAGUUGGAGAUUUACGUUUUACCUUCUUGCUUUCAUUGCUGGCCUAGCUGCCCUCAUCGAUAAACCCUGGCUUUAUGACUUGAGGGAAAUGUGGGAGGGAUUCCCCGUUUUGACCCUUCUGCCCUCUCAGUAUUGGUACUACAUGAUUGAGCUGGGUUUCUACGCUUCUCUGCUGUUCAGUGUGGCAUCGGAUGUCAAGCGCAAAGACUUUAAGGAGCAGAUAGUACACCAUGUGGCCACCAUUAUGCUGAUCAGCUUCUCCUGGUGCGUCAACUACAUCCGGGCUGGGACCUUGAUCAUGCUGGUGCAUGACGCCGCAGACUACCUGCUGGAGUCAGCAAAGAUGUUCAACUAUGCAGGCUGGAAGAACACCUGCAACUACAUCUUCAUCCUUUUUGCUGCUAUCUUCAUUGUUACCCGUCUGGUAAUCUUCCCUUUCUGGAUAAUGUACUGCACAUGGGUGUACCCAGUGACCAUGUACCCGCCCUUCUUCGGGUACUACUUCUUCAACGGCCUGCUGCUGGUGCUGCAGUGUCUGCACAUCUUCUGGGCCGUCCUCAUCCUGCGAAUGGCCAUCAAGUUCCUGACCAGCAAUGAGACCGUGGAGGACGAGAGGAGUGACAGGGAAGAGACAGAUGAGUCAGAGGACGAGGAGAUGGAGAAAGAGCAAGAGAUGAAGAAGAAUGGGCCAGUGCGGAAUGGCCACCCCGCCCUCAACAACAACCACCGCAAGAUAGAGUGAUGUGUGCAGGGGAGGGAAACAGACACCUUGAACAUAGGAAUACACACAUCUCACACAAGGUCCUGACUGAGGGAGAGAGGGAGAGGGGAAAGGGGAGAGGUGCUUGAGCAUUAUCAGAAAUACAGAUACACACAGUCAUACAUGUUUCCACAAAAAACACAUGCACAGAGGUACUGACUAAUAAACACCCCCUUCAAAACCUUUACAAUGAGCGCACCUGAAUGGUUCCUACAGAUACAUCGCACUGCUUACCACUCUUUCUUGAGGUUUUUCAUCUCAGGAUAUGAGGGUGAGGGGGAAAGGGGGAGGAAAAGAGGGAGACUAACUCUGCUUCUCUCAUUUCAGCUUUUCUUAAUUAAGUGCCUUAACAACUAGUCAUUUUUCCUCAUCUCAGUGUUUCUUACUUUCACUUUCUCCUUCGCUUUCUCUCAUUCUGCUACCCCUGUGGGCCUGGGUGAUUUUUAUCUAUGGUCACACAUGGUGAUCACUUCCUGCACAUGUUAGCAGUAGGGAUAUUGUUCAUGGAUACUGAUCAUGGCCUGGUUCUCAGCACUUUUGUCAAGUCCACCUAAGUAAACUGCUGAGAUAGACUGUAGUUUGUUAGCAUAGGAAUUCCCCUAUUAAUUCCGAUGAGCACAGUCAAAAGGCAAUAGUGGUCAUAGCAGCUGUUGCUUAGGCACAACACUCAUUACACUGAGCGAAUUACUCCACAGCUGUUUUGAGUGACAGAAUUAAGUGGCCAGUAAACAUGGCUAUAUGCAAUUACGUUACAAAGUAAUUACAGUAAUAUCAAACUGUUGUCCUUUUUGCGGAUGUGAGGCUGUACCAGUGGUGUUUACUGCCUUUA